AUGGAUUCCAGUGAAUUUUCGGGAUCUUUGGACCCCCUGUCCUUGCCUGACAAGCCGCUUAUUGGUGAUCUCCCUGCUGACAUGGAGUUUGGGGAAGAUCUGCUGGGCUCACAAACAGCUUCUACCCGGGAAGUUUCAGUUCUUCAGCCCCCUGACUGGGAUCAAUCCAAGCAGAUGACUGCAGAUGGGGACUUGGACCUUCUGGUGAAAGCAGACAGCCUGUCUGAACUAAACAAAUCAAACAACCUUGUUCUAGAUAAACCUAGUGUCUUGAAUAUGCUGGAGAAACCUGAUGUCUUAGAUGACUUGGAUAAAACUGCUGACUUGAUGGAGCUAGAUAAAUCAGAGGGUCUGGAUGGGCUGUAUAAGGCACAUCCUUCCCAGGAUGUGGAGGAUGGACCGGUGGACUCCUCUGCCCUCUCUAGAGAAGCCCUUGUUCCAGAAACAUGGAAAGAAGGGGAAGAUGCACCAAAAAAUGAUUCUGAGGACCUAAAGGAAGAUGGUGGUGCUGCUGCUAUUCCUGCACUGUCUGAUGACAACGCCCCUGAAUCACCCCAACAGCCCAUUCCUGACUCAGGGGACCUCAGCAGUACCCCAGCCACAGAAGAAAUCGCAGCACAAUCCUCAUGUCCACCAAUGCCCCCCCCUCAACCCAAUCUUAAACAGACAAAGAAGAUGAGGUUGAAGGCACCAAGGAAAAGCUCACCCAUGCAGAGGGAAGGGCUGGCAGGGGAAGCAGAGGUGAAACUGAGCCCAGACAACAGUACUGCAGUUUUGCCCCCUGAGCCCACGGAGGAAAACCAGGCAGAGGAAGGGGAUGACAGUGGGAACAACUCGCUUAAAGAAAGUCGUGUACAGGAAGCCUCACCACCAGCAGGAGAAGGCCUAUCUGGGAAGGGAAGCGAGCUGCCAACUGAGAAGGAGCAGAAAAGAAGUGAACGAGCCAGAAGAUCAGAAACUGCCAGGCCUGAAACUGUGAACUCCUCUGAGAGCAUUCCAGUCUCUGACGAAGACUCUGAUGCAAUGGUGGAUGAUCCCAACGACGAGGAUUUUGUUCCUUUUCGUACCCGACGCUCAACUCGUAUGUCUUUACGUACUCAGAUGGCUCAGCGAGCUGCCCGCUCUACUGUCACCAAGAUGACUUGUGCCAACUGCCGGACCCCACUGCAGAAGGGCCAAACUGCCUACCAGCGUAAAGGGCUUCCUCAGCUCUUCUGCUCCAGCUCCUGUCUCACCACCUUCUCAAAAAAACCACCUGGCAAGAAGAUAUGCACCUUCUGUAAAAAGGAGAUCUGGAACACCAAGGACUCUGUGGUUGCCCAGAUCGGUUCAGGCGGCUCUUUCCACGAGUUCUGCACCUCUGUCUGCCUCUCCCUCUAUGAGGCCCAGCAGCACAGACCAGCACCUCAGUCUGCAGAUGCCUUGGACACCAGCCGCUGCAGCGUCUGCCACAAACCUGGCGAGAUCCAGCAUGAGGUCAGCAAUGGGAACGUGGUUCACCGCAUCUGCAGCGACGCCUGCUUCACCAAGUUCCGGGCCACUAAGGGGCUGAAAACCAACUGCUGUGACAACUGUGGACUUUACAUCUACAACAAGGGCUUGCCCCUGGAGUACCUCUUCCAUGAAGGCCAGCAAAAACGCUUCUGCAACUCUGCCUGUCUCAACAGUUACAAGAAGAAGAACACUCGGGUCUACCCAUGCAUGUGGUGCAAGACGCUGUGCAAGAACUUCGACAUGCUGCCCAACGUGGAUCGCAGUGGCAAGAUGGGCCUGUUCUGCUCCAUUUGCUGCACUACCUCCCACAAAGUGAAGCAGUCAGGCUUGGUUGGUCCCCCUAGACCCUGCAGCUUCUGCAGAAAGAGUUUAUCUGAACCCUGCUAUUACAACAAGACAGACCGGGUUGUCUACCAGUUCUGCAGCCCCAGCUGCUGGACCAAAUUCCAGCGAACCAGCCCGGAAGGUGGGAUCCACCUCAACUGCCAUUACUGCCACAAUCUUUUCAGUGGGAAGCCGGAGAUCCUAGAUUGGCAGGACAAGGUGUAUCAGUUCUGCUGCAAGGACUGCUGCGAGGACUUCAAGCGGCUGCGUGGGGUGGUGUCUCAAUGUGAGCACUGCAAGCAGGAGAAGCUGCUGCAUGAGAAGAUCCGCUUCUCUGGAGUGGAGAAGAACUUCUGCAGCGAAGGGUGUGUGCUUCUUUACAAACAGGAUUUCACCAAGAACCUGGGCCUGUGCUGCAUCACCUGCACCUACUGUUCUCAGACCUGCCAGCGGGCGGUCACCGAGCAGCUGGAGGGCAGCACCUGGGACUUCUGUAGUGAAGACUGCAAAAGCAAAUACUUGCUCUGGUACUUCAAGGCAGCUCGGUGCCAUGCCUGCAAGCGUCAGGGGAAGCUGCUGGAAACCAUCCACUGGCGGGGGCAAAUCAAACACUUCUGCAACCAGCAGUGUCUGCUGCGAUUUUACAAUCAACAGAACCAGCCCAACCUGGACACGCAGAAGGGGCCGGAGAGCCUGCUGAACAGUCAGACUUCAGAGCCAAAACCACCUGCCCCUUCCCCACAGAAGACAGACACUAACAUGCUGUCGGCAAAGACCUCCUCAGCCCAGAUGUCUCCAACCGCGCCACCUCCCCCGCCCCCUCCGGUUCCAGCCACCCCUCGGAAAAAUAAAGCUGCCAUGUGUAAACCACUGAUGCAGAAUCGGGGCGUUUCCUGCAAGGUAGAAAUGAAGUCCAAAGGAAGUCAGACAGAGGCUGACUGGAAGCCCCAGGUGAUUGUGUUGCCAAUCCCCGUCCCGAUCUUCGUGCCUGUGCCUAUGCAUAUGUACUGCCAGAAAGUACCUGUGCCUUUCUCCAUGCCUGUCCCGGUGCCUGUGCCAAUGUUCCUGCCCACCACGCUGGAGAGCACAGAUAAGAUUGUGGAGACCAUUGAGGAGCUGAAGGUGAAAAUCCCCUCCAAUCCCCUGGAGGCUGACAUACUGGCCAUGGCCGAGAUGAUUGCAGAGGCUGAGGAACUGGACAAGGCCUCCUCGGACCUGUGCGACCUGGUGAGUAACCAGAGUGCAGAGGGUCUCCUGGAGGACUGUGAUCUGUUUGGACCGGCACGGGAUGAUGUGUUGGCUAUGGCUGUCAAGAUGGCAAAUGUCCUCGAUGAGCCGGGCCAGGACCUGGAAGCUGACUUCCCUAAGAACCCUCUAGACAUCAACCCCAGUGUGGACUUCCUCUUUGACUGUGGGCUGGUGGGACCUGAUGAUGUGUCAACAGAGCAGGAUCUGCCUCGUGCUGUCCGAAAGGGGCAGAAGCGUCUGGUGCUCUCUGAAAGCUGUUCCCGAGACUCAAUGAGCAGCCAGCCCAGCUGCACAGUGCUGAACUACUCAUACGGUGUGAAUGCCUGGAAGUCCUGGGUGCAAGCCAAGUAUGCAGGGGGAGAGACCAGCAAGGGAGAGGAGCUACGCUUUGGCCCCAAGCCCAUGAGGAUAAAGGAAGACAUCUUGGCCUGCACAGCAGCUGAGCUCAACUACGGCCUGGCCCAGUUUGUCAAGGAGAUAACACGGCCCAAUGGGGAGCGCUACGAACCGGACAGCAUCUAUUACCUCUGCCUUGGCAUCCAGCAGUACCUGCUUGAGAACAAUCGUAUGGUGAAUAUAUUUACAGACCUUUACUACCUGACCUUCGUGCAGGAGCUGAACAAAUCCCUGAGCGGCUGGCAACCCACAAUCUUACCAAAUAACACAGUUUUCUCACGUGUCGAGGAGGAGCACCUCUGGGAGUGCAAGCAGCUGGGCGUUUACUCACCCUUCGUGCUCCUCAACACCCUCAUGUUUUUCAACACCAAGUUCUUUGGGCUGCAGACAGCGGAGGAGCACAUGCAGCUCUCCUUCACCAACGUGGUGCGCCAGUCCCGCAAGUGCACCACAGCCCGUGGCAUGACAAAGGUGGUGAGCAUCCGCUACUACGCUCCUGCCAAGCAGAAGAAAGGCCGAGAUGGCGGCUCUGGAAAGCGGAAGCGCGAGGAGGAGGUACCGAUGCUGGAGCAGCGGGAGAACAGGAUGAACCCACUCCGAUGCCCAGUCAAGUUCUAUGAGUUUUACCUCUCCAAAUGUCCCGAGAGUCUGCGAAACCGCAACGAUGUCUUCUACCUGCAGCCCGAACGGUCGUGCAUCGCCGAGUCCCCGCUCUGGUACUCGGUCAUCCCCAUGGACCGGAGCAUGCUAGAGAGCAUGCUGAACCGCAUCCUGGCUGUGAGGGAGAUCUACGAGGAGCACAGUCGGCUCAGCGGCCUGGAGGACGACAUGGACUAAGAGCGAGGUGCUGCCGGGCUGGCUGCACUCCAGCCCUGUACACCUCGUCUCCCUGCCUCCUGCUGCAGGGCAGGGGCCAUGCAGUGCAGGAAGGGAUGGUGCUGCGGUAGCGCUGUCCCUUCAUCGUUACUGGACUUGAACAUCCCAUCCUGCUUGUUACAGGCCUCUCCUAUGUACGUGGCCCCUGCGCUCAGCCCUGCCUCCUGUCCUGGCUGCUGGGUGAGCCGUCUUCCCCGGGGCCAGUCCACACAG